CCGUCAAGGUGAUUUUGAAAAUUGGAGCCCUGACGCCGGGCGCCGUGUCGCCGCGUACGAUGAUGCCGCUCGCGCCGACGCCAAUAGUCCCGGUGCCUUCGAAGCCCAAGAUCGGCUUCAGCAUCGACUCGAUCGUCGGCGGCGGUGGCGGUCGUCUCAGCAACCGGAGCAGUAGCAACGACGAGGACGGCUCGGCCACGCGGCUCGUCGACAUCGAGCGCGACGAACACUCGCCUCAGCCGACGGACCUCGUCGAGGGCUCCUCGUCCCCGCGACUCCGGCACGUCGGCACCCGCUCGCCCGGGGCCCACUCCGAGGAAUCCGACCGACCCCCCUCCAGGAGCUCCUCCGUCGAGUCGUACCCCAACUCCAGGCGGACGCCCUCGCACCACCACCACCUUCACCACCACCACCACCACCAGCCGCACCAUCACGUCACACCGCCCCAGGUAGCGAACCAUCUCGACUACAGCGCGAGGUCCCUCGCUACGAGCAACCACAGCGGGGGCUCGACGCCUAACGGCUCGCCGAGUCCUCCGGCGGCGCAUCGGCUCUCCGUAACUGUCGCGUCGAGGAGGAGCAGCGAGUCGCCCGUGCCCCCGGCGGUCUCGAGCUCCUCCGCCAGCCACCCCCAGCCGCCCCCGGGAGUCGUCCGACCGAGUCCCAAUUACCUGGGGCCGCCUCCCGGUGCCGCGGCUGCUGCGGCCGUCGCCGCCGAGCAACUGAAGACGCUGUACGGGCUGCCCGGGGCCACCAGUGGGCCCCAGUCGCAGAACGAGGCGGCUUACCAGCACUCCCAGCACCUGGCCCUCGCCGCGAAUUUGGCCGCCGCCCAGCACUUUCAGGCGGCGAAUCUCGCUGUGGCGCUUCAGGCCCACCACGGGCCACCGCACGGCCCGUAUCCGCACGCCGGUGUGCCCGCGGGACCGCAUCCGCCGCCCCAUCCUCACCAGCCGCCGAGGGACAGCUAUCCCCUGUACCCGUGGCUGUUGUCCAGGCACGGCCGCAUAUUCCCCCAAAGAUUUCCGGGAGGACCGGACAUCCCCGGUUUCCUCCUGCAGCCCUUCCGCAAGCCAAAGAGAAUAAGGACGGCCUUCAGUCCGUCCCAGCUGUUGAAGCUCGAGCACGCCUUCGAGAAGAACCACUACGUCAUCGGGGCGGAGAGGAAACAGCUGGCCCAGGCGCUCUCGCUCUCCGAAACUCAGGUGAAAGUGUGGUUCCAAAACCGGCGGACGAAGCACAAGCGCAUGCAGCAGGAGGAGGAGGCCAAGGCCCAGCAGCAAUCGGGCGGCUCCAACAACAACAACAACAACAGCAGCAGCGGCGGUGGCAGCGGAGGUGGCAACAAUUCGAACAAUGGCAGCGGUGGUGGUGGUGGUGGUGGUGGCGCGAACAACAACGUGAACAAAAACACUCACCACGUGAGCAAGUGGCAGCAGGAGACGGGAGACUACCAUCACGAGGACGAGGACGAGCACAUAGACAUGGAGGCCGACGAGUGCUCGAGUGGCUCGGAGGCGUAG